UUCAUCUACUUAUCUGAGCCAUAAAGUUUCGAAAAUGAAAAUAAAAUCUCAAGUUCUGAAUUUUAUCCAUCUGGAUCGUUCAUUCAGUUUGUUAACAGUGAAAAACACCCGACUGGUUCUAGCCUAUUUCAAUGCUCUCGAUGUUCACGGACACGGGAAAUUAAAUGACAUUCAGUUCUAUCAGUUUAUGAAGAAAGUGACAAAUCUUAACAAACAACAAAUAUUUCUGGUUCUGGAUAUGCUCGAUCAAACCGCCACCGGGUAUAUUCGGUUUCAAGAGUUCUACCUACUUGCUUGCAUUCUCAUAUCUCUGAAGGAUCGCGUUGAAAAGCAAUUCAUAUUCCGGCAUUCAAAAUUAGUAUUUGAAAUGAUGGACGAAGAUGGCGGUGGCACAAUAUCAGCUGAUGAAUUUGGACACUAUGGAUUUUUGUUCAAUCUUAAAGAUCAUUCAGUGCGCGAUAUUUUUUUCGAAUUUGAUGUGUCAGGAGACGAGGAACUUGAUUACAAAGAAUUCAAGAUGUUUGCAAUGGCUUGUAUUGAUAAACAACGUGAAUUAGAUGAAAAGAAAAAAGAACGAAUGAUGCGUGGAAUUGGUGGAUUGGAUUCAGAAGCUGAUUUUGAUUGAAAAUAUUAUAUUAAAUGCACGUUGACCUAUUUUCAGCCUAAAAUUAUGGAAUAUUGACAGUGGACUGCUAUUCAACCAUGAGGCCCCAUGUAAUAAAAGCGGAAAUAGAUUCAUUGCUUGCAAUUUAAUGAAGAAGCUAUAGAAGACCAGUAAAAAUGAACUCUUCUCUCUUAUUGUCUAUCUGUGCCCAAUUAAGUAAGUGUUUUCCCCAAGAAACUGUUUUGUUUCAAGACGUUUAUACUUUUAUCUGAAAUAUAAAUUACACUAAACUGAA